AUGGAUAUAAAGUUUGACAACAACAUCAGGCGGCAGCGGCCGCGACCCCCGCGUCUCAACUACAAGUCCCAGCAGCCGCGGGCGCGGCCCCUGACGGGACACCCGACCCACACGGUAAUUGCAGCUCCCGCAGCCGGUCGCGUCUCCACCUCCCCCUUCCCGCGGGGCGAGAGCGAGAGCGAGAGCGAGAUCUCCCCUCCUCCCUCCUCCCUGCGCCCUCCUCCGGCCGCCGCGCCCGCCGCCCCCGCCCGGGACGCCCUGCGCGGCCGGCCAACGGCCCGCCGCCCUCGGCCCUGUCGGCGCCCUCCGCUCCCCCGGUCCCCCUUCCCGGUUCCUGCUGCUUCGCCGCCGCGGGCCCUCCGCCCCCGUCAGCCUCUCCUCGCCGCCCGCCGCGAGCCCGCCCCUCCCCCGCCCCCUGGCCCCGGCGGCGCUCCCGGCGGCGGGCCGGGCGUGGGGCCGCGCGCGAGCCUCGCUCCCCCCCGGGGUGCCGCGCGCCGCGCCGGUGGGACGGGCGGGGGACCGGGCGCCCGCGGCCGCGCGCGGUGGCGGGGCCGCCCCUGCCGCUUGGCGGGGACGAGGGGUGACGGCGCCGCGAGCGAGCCCGGCGCCGGUGGCCGCUGUCGGGCCGGUCUCCGGGCCGGCGUGUGCCCUCGGGCACCGGCGGGCGAGGGCGCACGCCCCCGCUCGGCCGAGGGCUCCCGGAGCAGGGGGGGGGGGUCGUCCGCGAGGGAAGAUUUAGGGGUUCGGUCCCCCCCGCCUGUUUGGUGUGGCCCUUCGGAAGUGCGGCCUCGGAUGCCGGUCCCACCUGCACCGUGCGAGCACCUUGGAGACGCCGCCUUCACGCGGGGCUGGGUUUUCACUGAAGACCUGAGCGCUCCCGGAAGAGCUGCCCACACCUGUGGGCGUCUGAGGACCGAGACUUUGCCCGGCUUUGGGUCUGUUCGACCGGAGUGGCUCUUAGCGGCCCGUUCGGAAUUGCCUGUCCCGCCCCGGAAGGGGCUCCCGGGCCCGGCGGCGUUGGUGCGGCGGCGCCCGGGGAAGGUGGUCGGUGGGAGGGGCCGGCCCCUUCUCGGGCACACUUGCGACUGGCCGUUCGGGAGACGGGAGCGAACUUGGGGGUAGUCAGGUGGUCCUGCGGAAGCGGGGGAGCAGGCGGUCAGAAAGUAGGUCAGCCGGCCAUUCGAGAUCCAGCCCUUGGGACCGCCCCGGGGUACAGACGCCCGGUGGUAGCAGAAACCCCCAAACCGCCCGCGAGGCUAGUUCUUUCCGUAUGUUUGGCUCCCGUUUUCUCCUCGUCUCGCAGUUAAGAUAAGAGUACGUUCUUGUGAUGUUGGAUCCUGACCACGUCCGUUGGCUUUAAGUUUUCAGAAAUGGCUGCCGUUUGUGGGUUAUGUGCUGUGGCUGGGACUGCUAAUCAUUUCCAGUGUCUCUUGUCCCAGCGAUCCGGUGAGGUGGUGGAGGCCCACAGAGGUUGAGACUCGUCCAGGACACACAGAGCCAAGGCUUUGAACUCAGUCUGUCUGAGGAUCUAAUCCAGGAUCCCACUCUGCAUUUAGUUGUCAUGUCUCCUGAAGUGUCCUCCAAUCUGUGAUACUUACAUAGCCCCAAGUAUCUCUCCCAAGAGGUUUAUAUAUCACAAAGGGAAAAAUGGUAACUUCACGGUGGAAAAACCUGACAGAUACCACCUUAACCAGCAAUAAGACAUACCGUGUCCUGCACUGAGACAGAAAUGCGUGCCCAUAGUGCGGUCAUGUGAACCCAGAUUGAGAGACAGUCACCAAAAUCUUAACUGUUGCUCCUCAGAAGCGUCCAGGUCUCGAAAAUCAGGGAAAGACUUAGAAUUUGCAUUUGCAAAGAUGGCAGGUGUGGUAUAUGCACUUUGACGCUGCGGAAAUACUUCCUGUGCUAGAUGGGUGCCAAGGAAUAAGAGAUCACCACAGUCCCGUUUUGUGGAUUGGUAAAUGGAAGCUUCAGGCACAGGUCCUAGGUGAGUUUAUGUUAAUGGUUUAUUGAUAAAACACCCAGCAUAGAGUAUUAGCCUUCACUUUUCCUGUGAUCUUCACCUACACUGUAUAAAUUCUGAAAACAUUAGCGGUACCAUUAAAUACACAACCCACAAGACUGACUUUAAAAUGUGCAUGUAACUUUACCAGUUUAGCUAUUUAUAAUCUGGAAAACAAACAUUUUUCUCAUUUUGAAGAAGCUCCUGGGGGAAAAUACACAUUGAGGUUUUUGGUGAGACUGUCUCAGAUACAAAGCUUUAAAAAGUCCUCCCUGUAACAGGUAAAUAAAGAUCAUUGUUGUGUUCUCUGACUUCACGUAUAUGAUGGUCAUGAAAACAUCACGUAAUGGAUUGUUCAUUGGAAGAACUUUGAAGCAUUCUGAAAUGUUCACUUUUGGGGCUGUGAGGGGGAGUUUUAGGGAAUUUGAGAGCAAAUAUUGAGUGGGAUCUCAUUGUUGCAAUUUGCGCGCGCGCUCUCUCUCUCUCUCUCUCUCUCUCUCUCUUUUUUUUUUGAUGAAGUUUAUUUUGAGUGCACAUGCGCACGUGAGUGAGGAGGGCCAGAGAGGCAGAAGGGGAGAGAACCUCAAGCAGGUUCCGCACUGCCAGCACAGAGCCCACCGCAGGGCUCAAUCGUGACCUGGGGGACCGGGCCCCGGCGCCCUGCAGUUUGCUCCUGAAAAGCUACCCUUGUUUUCUUGCUGGGGGCCAGUGCCUGGAGCUCAUUUAGCGCGUCCGCAAGAAUGGAAACAGCAGUCCCGUCCUGCCUGCUUUUCAGGGUAGCGAUCAAAUAACGUUUAGGUUUCCCAUUUUCAUCUUGUGCAUGUUGUGAAACCAGUUACACGUUAGAGCUUCAGCUGAUUGUUCAACUUUAUGCUAUCUGCCUCACCUUUUUGGCUCUGUCUGUUGUCCAGGGCUGUGGCCGGACUGCCCCCCCUGGAGGAAGUUCUGGACUCCUCACCCCCCAGUGCAGUGGUGAGGUGUGGCAUCCUCAUCAUAGAGCAUCGGUGUGUGCCUCUUUAAGAGGAAGCAGAGCCUGGGGGCAGCACCUGGAGCCUCCCAUCCCUUGAAACCUGUGAUUGUUUUUGAAUUAAAUUGUGAUGGGAGCAUGAACUUCUUAAGCCACACGCGGACGGUACGUCCAAAAUAUAGUGACAUCACGUGAAAUCGAUUCCUAUAUUGAAUUAACUUUUCUGUACCUUUCACUUCUACCCACGGUCAAGAAGUGUCCAAUAUAAUUGAAUUUUUGGGCCAUCUACCUCCAUGGUGACCCAGAAUACCUCAGGAGGUCAGGUCGCUUACAGUGCAUAAGCGUGGAAGACGAAUAUCCAACAGGAAGGGCCAGAGAAGGCAGAGAUGAGAACAUGUUUUAAUUGAGUCCCUGAAAAAGUAGACAGGUGGUAUGAAUGUAUAUGUGGAAAUUGACUACCAUUUCCUUGUCCUAAAUUAUCUUGUAUUCGCAGAUAAAAUAGUCGAGCGUACGUAGGGCCCUGAAAGUGCAGGCGGGUUGGACGGGGGCCCAGGUAGGGACGGAGACCUGCCCUCACGGGUGGGAAUGCUGUCAGGAGACCCGGGAUGCGCUGAGCCAAUCAAGCAACUGUGGCCAGAAGCCUGUACUGACAAACUGUUUGGUAAUAAAGAUUUGUAUUCUGAGCUUCAAAAACUGCUGCUUGUGGUCUGUAGUGAUUUUUUUCCUUUUUUUCACAAGGUAGAAAAUCACCAAAUAACUUGAAGCGUGGCUUAUCCUUUCUGAACUUUCUAGAAAGGGGUUUGGAUGACACUGGCAGUGAAAACUUGAUGUGUGUGUACUGCUCUACUCCCUGGGUGGCACUUGGGUCCGGUGGGUGUGGCCAGAGCCUCGGGCAUCUUCACGUCAAAGACAGAUCAAGAACCGUGGAUCCAGGCUUUGGUUCCUGCUGUCACCACGGUUCAGCCCUGUGAUCCAUCGGCAGGUAGAUGGCUGGGGUGCGCCUGUCUGCUGCCACACCAUCCUGUGGACUCGUCGGCAGGAGCCAGGGAUGGUCCUCGGGAGCAAGGUGCUGCAUGAGGCUGCCUUUUACGCCAGAAUGCUUCCCUGAAGAUGCCGAAGCCGUGUUAAUUCACACCCCAUGUGUUUUUAAACGGAAUUGGACAAAGAAAGCUGAGCGUCCUAUUUACCUGCUAAAAGUGGCUGCAAGAAAUAUUCGUGGUUUUUGCAAAGUGAGGGUUUAAUAGGUUAUUUUAGAUUUGUGUAGUUUAAAUUUAUGUAAAAUUGCAAUCAUGCUAUGCUAGGAGAAAAGCUGACGGGGUGACAUGAUGAGAGCAGAUGCAUACUGCUUGGGGUUCCCUUCAAGCAUAGCUGCUAAUAAAAAGUGCGGUUAGAUUUGCGUCUUGAGUUCUGGGGACCGUUCAAGAACUCGGCCUGCUGUACCUCGUUGGGAUUUCUCUGGAUCCCCCAUAAUGUGAAUCAGAAGUCACUCCUUACAGCUAAUAGGAGUUGGAGCAGCAAGAUCACCGAGACCUGAAGGCAACCAAACCAUCCUGUGGUCGCGCAGGCCCCUCUUCCAGAAGGUCGAGAUUACUCUUCUGCAGGAAUAGUUCCUGAUUUCCUUACCCCUCAGUCUCAAGGCAGUUUCGAGAUUCUAAAGAUUCCACAAAUGUCACUAAACACUUGGGAGCUCUAGGGCAGAAGUCAGGAAACUUUUUCUGUAAAGGCCCAGAUUAAAUAAAUUGUUUUUGGCUUUGG